AUGCCAAAGAUCUUCCUGACUGGAGCUAGCGGCUACGUUGGAGGCGACGUCCUCCACGCCCUGCUAUCCGCCCACCCCGACUGGGAGAGCAGCAUCACCCUCCUCCUGCGCAACAAGUCCUACGAAGCUGCAUUUAAGUCUGCAUACCCCAGCAUAAACCUGUUCUUCGCCAGCCUCGAUGACGUUUCCGCGAUCGCAGACGAAGUCUCGAAACACGAACUCGUGCUGCACUUCGCCCUCAGCGCCGACCACCUCCCCUCUGCAGAGGCCAUCGUCGCAGGACUGAACAAGAGAGGAGGGGGCUUCUAUAUCCAUACCAGCGGGACAGACGUCCUUCUAGACCCUCGCGAAGAACGACCAACCGGGCAGGUCAAAGUCAUCGACGACUGGGAUGGGAUCGGGGUGGUUACAUCCCUACCCGACGACGCACCCCAUCGCAACGUCGACAAGUUCGUCCUCGCCUCAGGCUCCGACACCCUGAAGACAGCAAUCAUCUGCCCGUCCACCGUCUACGGCACCGGACGCGGCCUCAUCUCCCAACGCUCCGACCAGAUCCCCAACCUCGCAAAACUCAUCCUCGAGCAGAAGCAAGGGCUGCAGUUCGCAGACGGCCAGAGCUUCUGGAACAGCGUCCACGUGUACGAUCUGGCACGGCUGUACGUGCGCGUUGUCGACGAUGCGAUCGGUGAGUCUCCUCCCUCUGCAAGGGAAUUCAGCAGUCAGGCUUGGAAUCGCGAGGGGUACUACCUCGUCGAGAGCGGGCGGUAUUUCUGGGGCGAGAUCGCGCGGCGCAUCACAAGCGAGGCGUACCGGCUUGGGCUGCUGCCCACGGAUCAAGUGGCCGUGGUGGAUGGUGUGCUGGGGAGGGAUGUGCUGGCGCCUGCUGGGCGACCCGUGGACAAUUAUGCGGUUGAGGCGAAGACGGUUCGGGCGCGCAGACUCCGAGGCUGGCAGGCUGUCGAGGGCAGUCUACAGGAUGAGAUCCCGGCGAUUGUGAGGGCCGAAGCGGUGCGCUUGGGCUUGAAAAGAGACGGUGAGGGCGAGGGGGGGAGGUAGGGGGUUGUAUUUGCAUGAUAUCAGCCAAGGGCGCUCCAUGCCUGCCCAACCAAAACAACUGCACGCUGCAGUGUCAUUGGCUGGGCCUUCCAGGGCCAAGUGCCUGUUAUUGGAGGACCAAGUACUCAGGAAUGCAAGUCGCUUUGUUGACUGAAAAUUGGCGGCGCACUGAAAAU